AUGUGUGUGUGUGAGUUUGCGUGCGUAUAAUUACAUGAUGACCAAUCCUGAUAAAUGAGGAUUGCUCCCCCAUCUUCCUGUAUAUUCAGGUCUUGUGACGUCAUAAUGGAUUCCUACAUUCAUACUGUGAUAGAGUGAUUGGAAGAAAGCUUUUCUAUGUCCCUGCCCUAUAUGUAUUUAUUGAAUGAUGCUGCCCCAUUGCUCAGUUCAGUGGACGAGUAAGAUAGGUUCCAACAUUCGGCAUCAGUCCUUAGAAAAAACAACCUAAUUCGGAUCACUUCCCUCAAUGAAUGUCCAGCCUCGCUGACUGUUUCUGAUAUCCUUGCAUUUCUGACAAUGCCAAUUGCUAUGGAAACUUUAUGUCAGUAUUUAUUUUGCAAGAAGAUCCAGAGAACUGGAAAGUCUACCAAAAAAACAAAAACAAUUAUAAGUAGUAAUUUAACAGUAUGAAUUAAGAGCUGAGCUUUCGACGAGCUGUAAGAGAGUAUGACGAGUUGUGUCUCUUGUUGCUGUAUGUGAGCAUAAGAGCAUAAGAUACGAAAGAAUCUAAAGAACUUCUGCUCUGUUGGUAUGAUAGGAGAGCAAUGUAUAGUUGCGUGUAAUGAAAGAACACAAGAAACGUUGGCGAUUAUUUUUAAAAAGAAUAUGUAAAGCCAGUGACAACUUGAUAUGGUGUGGCUAAAUAUGUUGUACCACCAGCAGACAACACUCGUACUUGCAGGGCUUGUCGUUAGGAUGACAGUCUGAGCUAGAGUGAUGCGUGGAUUGUGUGAGAUUUAAGCCAAUACUUGGACAUUUAACGCACCGCGUGAUCUGGAAGAGUAUUCCCCAUUACGUGAAUACCAGGUACAAAACAAAGGUAAUACAGGUGGAGGAACUGUGGCAAAAUCUGCAGUUAAUUACAUCAACUGAAGUCAUGGCCGUCAGACCGUCGACAACGUUAGUGAUGGACACACAGCAGGGGGGAAUGCAGGUCGGCGACAACAACAGCAUCUAUUAUAGCAACUGCCACAUCACCAACAUCACCCACGUCCACAACAAUUGCAAACAGUGUCAUCCAACAGAGGAACAUGAUGUGACACAAGAUGCAUCACGUGACCUGAGAUCAACUUCCACUGUGCACACGACUACCAGUGUGAGACUUUUAGACAGUACGGGGAGAGAACUGCAGCUGGGCGAUGUGGUGUUUUUUGACAAAACAUUAGUUUUGUCUAUCUAUGCAGGAGACGGGAUGAAUAUCAUUCGGGAUGAGAAGACUGGGAAGAUCGUCCUAGAACCAAUAAAUGUGGAGGAACCUUUCACUUCAGGGCCAUAUAUUGCGGGACAGAAGUACAGCGGGAGGCAGGUGGUACAGAGAGCCAAGGGGAAGGUCGGCCAGGUGUUUCAUGGUCAUAAGGUGGACUUUGUGUGGUGGUGCUGCUGGGACAUGACAUUUGCAGAGGCAGGAGGGCCAGGAAUCCCUCUGAUCCCACUCAUGGCAUGAAAAAGAGACAAUGACGCCUAGCCUCAUUAAGGAAUUCUACAGCUACACUAUAACGCAGAGGGCCUUUACUUUAAUGCGCCAAGUUUCUGCGUUGCUUCGCCAAACGGUGGUCACUGAAUGCUGACCGCAGAUGAGUUCCGUAUCUGAACACUUAACAACUCUGACGCUGACUACUGACAGGCAACACUUGACCUACUGAUGACCACCUCCAGUGAUAUGGCUCAUAAGGAAUGAGGCAGUUAAUCUGACACACAAUGGACAUCUAUAUUGGAUGGUUCUACGAUAAUUGUGUAUAUUACUAUAUCUAACCGGGUUUUCUGAAUUCUAUGAAUAUAUUUAACUUGUACAGAAGUCAUUCAUGUCGAGUAGACGUUGUGACUCCGUCAGUCCGCACACCUAUCAAUUUAGAAAGAUAAAGUUUGAUGACUUUUC